CUACAGGUUAAAUAGUGUAAAACAGAUAUCACCAGUAUGUUCUACAGAUCUUAUCUGCUGUGUAACCUGAGCCUUUUUUUCCUUUGAAUGGCUGCCCCAUUGCUAUCAGACAAAAAUAGAUCACCAGUACCUUAUUGUGCUUCAAAUGGGUUAUUCCCAACUUUUAUUGCAAGGUGCUUCAGACCCUGUACACCCGAUCAAACGUUUCGUAACCCAAAUGGCCCUUCCUCGGUGAUUGUGCAUCAGAAAGAAAGAGUUUGUGCAAUAUAUAGCAAAAGUCACAGUGCCCUCUAGUGGGAUGAACAAUUGUUAAAGGAGACAUUUUGUUUAAAAAGAAAUAAAAAAAAAAUUGUGCCAGUGCAUUAUACUCAUUAAGAUAUAGAAGAAUUGUGCUUAAAAAAAAAAAAGUAGUGUUUCGGGCCAUGUUGGAAUGCUGAACAAAAUGGCAGCAUAACUUUGGAGCACCGCUCUCCCUCAGCCCCAAAAGCAAGCAGUUUAGCAACAAUUAGCAGCAAAGAAACGUAUUAACCUCAGAGCCAUCAUCGGGGAAAAGAAAAUAAAGAACACAGACAGUGGUAAACGGAGCCCAACAAUAUCAAUAGGAGACAGGCCGAGACUCUGCGUGUACCACCAGUAAGCGCAGUGGGAAAAACUGUAUCCCAGCGAUCCACCCCGCAAGCAGAAAAGCAUCACCUCACACAGAGAGGAAUGACCCGCUAGGUGAGAGCUACCGACAAACCGGACAGUUCAGAGCCGAGCACAGCACAAAUCGGCAUAGGAACGGGUGAUGGUAAGCGGUCACGUGGCACUAACCUCCAAGUCGCACUGCUCCAGACACACAACAUGGAAGGCAUUGCCACGCCAUAUACACUCUCCUGCCAUGCAGAUCACACCUGCAUUAACACCUGGCAGCAAGUGGAACCUUCUUCCCCCCCCCCCACCCCAAAAAAGGGGAAAAUAAAACCAAAAAAGGGGGGGGGGGAGGAAGAAAAAAAAAACCCCACAAGGGGCCAUACAGCUAUCCACAGCAUACGACUACAGUGAGGAGAUAUGCAAGAGAGACUAACCAACUCAGAAGCACAGAUUCAAGAUCUUCAAUUACAAUAAAAGGAGCUAAAAGAUUCACAGGAAGACUUGGAGAACUGCUCCAGAUGGAACAAUAUACGCAAUAGAAGCGUCCCGGAAACGGUUCAACUAGUCUUUCCUGAAAAGAUACUUUAAACAAUUACUGAAUUUACAAGGGAGUGACCUACUGAUGGACCGAGCUCUUACAGUGAGACCAAAGAACAAUGCACCCCCUAGGAACAUCUCAGCUCACUCUAGGACAGGAACAAGGUCAUUUCCAGGCCAGUCCCUCCCACAAGGAUCCAAUGGGAAUGUGGGAGGAAGCGAGUGACACAGGGAUGAAGGGGGGGAAGAAGGAGGAUAAACAUGAGGAGCGGGGGAAGAAAGAGAAAAUCCUGAAUCUCACACUGGAGAUAAUCUAUCUGCUGACUGGAGAGCACUACAUCCCUAGGAAGAAGUCAGAUGAUGGGGGGGCCCUGCAUGCCCCUGGCUCCGUCAUACAGAAGGAAAAUAACAAGAAUGACAAGAAGAUCCUGGAACUCAUGUCCAACAUCAUCCAGCUGCUGACUGGAGAGGAGAAUUUUAAUAAAGACACUGCCCUUAUCACAGAAGGGAUGAAGGAGGAGUCUCAGCAGCUCCACCCACUGGACUGUGAAUAUGAAGAUAAGAGAGAUAUUACAACUGAUCUGGGAGGAACAUUAUGUUAUAAUAAUGAGCCAAGCAAGAUUGGGGCUGAAGGAGCAGAAUUGUGUGCCGAUGGAAAUAUCACAAACCCUGAAAUUGAGAUUAAAGAUGAAGUGGAUUCAUGUGAAGGGGGAAACCAAUCAGAUUGUAGCAUUAAUCCACUUACAGAACAGAUACAGGGUACAGAUACCUAUUCUCCUCCUAUCAUGGGAUGCAGCUUGAAUAACAGAUUUGCAGACAGGUAUAUAUCAGAUGAUAUAAAAGUGGAGGUGGCUCCAUGUGAAGAAAACCUUAUUGUUUCAAAAUCAAUACAGGAAAUCAGUACAUCUGCUCCUAUUAUGGGAAGAGAUACACAUACUCCUAUGAUGGGAUGCAGCCUAAAUACCAUCUUAUUAGACAGUUAUGUAUCAACUGGUAUUAAAGUGGAACUGGCUUUGAGCAAAGAGGGAGACCAAUCAGAUUGCAGCAUUAAUCCACUCACAGAACAGAUACAGGGAACAGAUACACCUACUCCUAUCAUGGGAUGCAGCCUGAAUAACAGUUUGGCAGAUAAUUAUAUACCAGAUGGGAUUAAAAAGGAAGAGGAUUCAUGGGAAGGAGUAAUCCAAUCAGAUUGCAGCAUUAAUCCACUAACAGAACAGAUACAGGGAACAGAUACACCUACUCCUAUGAUGGGAUGCAGCCUGAAUAACAGUUUGGCAGAUAAUUAUAUACCAGAUGGGAUUAAAAAGGAAGAGGAUUCAUGGGAAGGCGGAAACCAAUCAGAUUGCAGCAUUAAUCCAUUUAUAGAAGAGACACAGGGAACAGAUACACCUACUCCUGUCAUGGGAUGCAGCCUGGAUAACCGUUUGACAGAUAAUUAUAUAUCAGAAGGGAUUAAAGAGGAAGAGACUUCAUGUCAAUAUGGGAUUAAAGAAGAAGACGAUUCAUGGGAAGGAGGAAGCCAAUCAGAUUUCAGCAUUAAUCCAUGUACAGAACAGAUACAGGGAAUAGAUGUACCUGAUUCUAACAUGGAGACCUAUAUCUGUUCUGAGUGCAAUAAACACUUUAGAACUGAGACUGGUCUUCUCAAGCAUCACAAAACUCACACAGGAGCAAAACCAUUUGUCUGUUCUGUGUGUGAGAAACGUUUUGUGUCUAAUGCAAAGCUUAUUGUACAUCAGAGAAGUCACACAGGAGAGAAACCGUUCCCUUGUCCUGAAUGUGGGAAAAGUUUUACUCGUCGCUCAAACCUUAAGGAUCAUUUAAGAGGACACACCGGGGAGAAACCGUAUUCUUGUGCUGUGUGUGGGGAGAGUUUUUCUUAUCAAUCAACCUUUAACAGACACUUCAGGGUACACACAGGAGAGAAACCAUUUUCUUGCUCCCAAUGUUAUAAACAUUUUACGUGUCAAGCAACUCUUACGGCGCAUCAAAAAAGUCACGGAGUGAAAAAACCAUACUCCUGUUCCGAAUGUGGCAAAUAUUUUGCUCAGCGCUCUAAACUUGCAGAGCAUCACCGAACUCACACAGGGGAGAAACCAUUUUCCUGUUCUGAUUGCGGGGCAAGGUUUACCUAUCGCUCACUCUUAAGGAGACACAACAAAAUCCACGCAGAAGGGAAAUCGUUAAUUUGCUCCGAAUGUGGGAAACCGUUCACAUCUGAGUCAGCUCUUACUGCACAUCAAAGGAGUCACGGAGUGGAGAAACCGUUCUCUUGCACCGACUGUGAGAAAUGUUUUGCUCAGCGCAUGCAUCUUAUUGAGCACCAGAGGACUCACACAGGGGAGAAACCAUUUUCUUGUACCGUGUGUGGGGAAAUGUUUACAUAUCGCGCACAGUUUAGUAAGCACAUGUUAAAACACAAGAGAAAACGCACAGAAGGGGAAUCAUUAGAUUGCUCUCACUGUGGGAAGCAUUUUACGUCUCGCUCAGAUCUCACUGUACAUCGAAAAAGUCAUAAAGGGAAGAGUCCACUCCAGUGUAGCGACUGUGGGAAAUGUUUUAAAUACCAGUCCCAACUUGCUUCACAUCAGAGAGUCCAUACUGGAGAGAGACCUUAUUCUUGUUCUGAAUGUGGGAAAACAUUUAAAGAACGCUCAGCCCUCAAAACCCACGAGAGAAUUCACAACGGGAAGAAACCACUCACAAGUGGCUCUGACCUCCCUGCACAUAGCACAGUUCAAACAGGAGAGAAAUCGCACUUUUGUUCCGAGUGCGGGAAAUGUUUCAGUGAUCAGUCACAUCUUAAAGCACAUGAAAGAAUACACACAGGAGACAAACCGUUUCCUUGCUCUGAAUGUGGGAAACGUUUUAUCUGGGCCUCAGACCUUAGAGUCCACCUUAGAGUUCAUACAGGGGAGAAACCGUUCACUUGUACCGAAUGUGGGCAAUGUUUCACCCGUAUUGCACACCUAAAGGAACAUCUCAGAGUUCACACAGGAGGCAAACUAUUCACUUGUACUAAAUGUGGAAAAUGUUUUGCACGACAUUCCCUUCUUGUUGCGCAUUCCCAGUUACACAAAGGGGAGAAACCAUUGUCUGAUAACAGUACUUUUACAGUAAAGACUGAGUAACAUACAAGCAUGAUUCUACCAAAGUACAAUGAUUCACUGUUAAUAAAAUUGUACUGCUUUUAUUGUGCUCAGAGUGCUCUUCUAAAUUGAAUUAUCUCUUCAUAGUAGUAGUUUAAUACAGCGUUCAGGAAUCACUCUCCACAUCAGUAAUACCAGAAGAGCAGGGGCUACUCCUAUUGGUGUUGGUGUGAAUGUGCAGGGCGGAGCUAAAUGACAUGCCAGCUGCGGGCAAGGAUGCAGCUAUCAAGCACAGGUUCAGAAAUCAGAUUUGAAAAGAGGCCCACAAGUAACUCCCACUUAACUGGGCCCUCCUCCUGGGAUGGAAAAUGGAGGCCAGUGAAAUGGAGAGAGGCCGAUGAGGUCAAGCUGAGUACAGCACCAGACGUAGAGGCAUAAAUGCUAGAAAGGUUGAUCCAAGGUCAAAGGCGGUUAAAGGAGACAUAUAGGAUAAAUAAAAGAAAACCCCAACUUUGUAGGCAAUAACACGUUACUAUAUGGUGCUGGUUUUACUUUUGGCUGUAAAUUAAUAUUGUUUGAAACUAGCCCCAUUAUUUAAGCUCCCUAUAGAACUGAUAUUGCCCCUGCUUCAAAUCCGGACCCUGUGAGUUGCAGUUACACCAACCCCUCUGAGGCUAAUUGACGAGGCUUCAGAUGCGGUUUUUGCCUUCCUCUUGAUCAACUAGCAGUUAGGCAGGUUAUAUACUGUCUUUUUUUCAACCUAAUUACUAUGUUACUAUGUGUGUGUCUGUAAGACUGUUACAUCAAUGCAGAAGACGCCAUGAGACAAGUAACCGGCCUAUGGAUUGUGUCGGCACCCCUGCAAGUCUGCUCUUGUAUCCCCUUUAAGGAGACAUUUUAUGUAAAAACAAAAUUGUACCAGGCAAUUCAACUUUUUCAGAUAUAAAGGAAUGUGAUUUAAAA